CUAGGAGCCAUUCAGCGCGCCGAGGGCGUCGACAAGUCGCUUGCUAGUUGCAGGCUACAUCCGCACACACUCGAUAUCCACUCGAUGGAUGGUGAAUGCCAGUGUCUGCCACGGUUCUGCCACUCCUGUCCUCCGUCCAUCCCACCCUCGGUGCCCUCAGCGUCUCGCCUCGCUUGCAACUCCACGCUGCACGCUCCUCGAGGGAACUGGUGUCGAUGAUAACAUCAACGACAGGGAGGCGUCGAGCAGCAAACCUACAGCCAAAGAAGGAGAACAUCUCAUCCCCCUCCCAGCAGAGGGUUCGGCAAACCCCCAAAUCAACAGCAGACCAACGACUGCAUAUGCAGCCUAUGGAUCCAUGGUGUUUCUGCCUGAAUGCUUCCAGCCUGCCAUUGUCUUCCAAGUGUCAGACCAGAACGUGGAGGGUGCUCACAUAGGGGAUGGCAUUGUGAUACAACACCAUGAAAUGGCCUGUGGCACGGCAGCCUGCUGGUGGGCAGGAGAAAACGCGGGGAGCCUACACGCAGAUGAUGCUCGUGAAGAGAUUCGCUCACUUAUUGGAGCUGACCAGCUGAUGCUGAUGCUGGUGCUAGGGUACUGAGGGAGCUGACCACUGAUGCUGGUGUUGGUGUUGGUGCUCGUGCACGCGUGCCUCAGGCUCGCUGCCACUCAUCCUCAUCCCCCCGCCUUGCUAUCAAACAGUUCAUCUACCCCUCCAUCCACGCAUCAAUUGAUCUCUUCUGCCUGCUACUCUCUCAAACUUCGACCUAUCAGGACACAGCACCGAGAACACCUGUCCCCAAGGCAGAGCGAGGGUUUUCAUUGCGCGGCCUUCCACUGUUAUCAGCCUGAAUCAGUCCACCUUGGGAUCGCUGCCUGCGGAAUCUUUCUUCGUCUUCGAUCCGAUAACAGAAGAGGAGCAACAAUUUUACCCCUCCAGAUGCGGUCCGGGUGGUGGCAGGGGAUGGUGGCGACAUUAUGAGCAGGGCACAUUGGUGUGGCUGCCCAACGCACUGUGACGCUGGCAAACAGUUUUCGCCCUGACUAAACCCAACUUCGUCUACGUUGGCAUGCACCCCUCCUUCCGUUCAGCCUUGAAAAGGGGAAGGAUUGCACCAUGCUCAUCAAAAAGUCUACCUACUAGUACAUCGAGCUCCGAGACCCCGGACACCAGAAAUGCGGCUUUGUGAAGCUAGUUGCUGCACCCGCUCUAACGUCCUUAUCAGCCUGAUCCCUUUCGAGCGCGAACCGUCAAAAUCCUUCGAUCCAUUUUCAGCUAUGCCAGCCCGGGUUCUCCCGCCGAGAUGCGAGGACCACCCCUGUCCAAACACCCGUUCACUUGACAGAACUUCUGAGUGCUUCCAUGUCACUCCAUCCUACAUCCUCUCCACCGGACUUAGCCCCAGCAAGGUCAUGCCAUUCCACAACACCUGUCGGGCAGCCUCGUAUAGUGCCAACCGAGCCUUCUGCAGCUCAGGUUCGCUGCCCACCACUUGUAGGUGGUCGUAGCUGGAACUCAGCGCAUGCGCCAUCUUGAACAGAUAAGUGAGGACAGUGGCAGGUUCUCGAGUCUUGAGCGUGUUGAGCACCACAUCCGGCCACUGUGCCAGCGAACGAGCCAGAUUGAUGGCGUGGGAUUCCUUCAACAAGGAAAGAUCCGCAGAGCUCAAAGCACUCAGGUCUGCAUUGGCCUUUCGUUCAAUCGAACACAGUCGUGCGUGCGCGUACUGCAAGUACGGACCUGUAUCUCCCUCGAACGCCGUCAUCUGGUUGAUGUUGAACUCGUAGCCGUUUCGGACCUUGCCCGACAAGUCCUGCACCAUGAUGGCAGUAAUGGCCAGCACGUCAGCAACUCUCUCGGGGUCAUCCAGCUGGGCGUAUUUUUGAUCGUUCUUCCUCAUUACUUCGAGCAUGGUGUCCUUGACCGUCUGAAUGAUAUCAUCCAGGAACUUGAC